GUUGUACACACAGUGAAUGGAGACAGCAGUUCCUCCUCCCGUCCAGCUGGUGGCAGUAAAGCAUCUUUCACGUUGGAUUCUGGCAGCGCGUGAAACCUUCCAGACAAAGAAUGUCAUACAUACACAAACGCUCCCGUCUGAUGUGAUAUUCAUGAUAUUUCAUCAAACAUUGUUUGCGUCAUUAAAACAUUAAUAGUCGCGUCAGUUUGAAGCUUCGGACACUGCGAAAUAAACGAGGAAGAUGAGAUGAAGUGAAACCUGCCUGAGUCACAGCCGGGAUGUUUUAAUGUGUAAUGUAGGAGGUUUCUAUCAUGUCCGACCCGGUUCAGACCACCUCUGACAGUCUGAGUAAACUUGUGCGCUGGGCUCACAGCCACGGCACCAUCUGCAGCCUCAUCCCCAGCCUGCAGCACUUCACCUGUGCUUCUAAUGGUAAUUUGCUGACAUCAGAACCUGGUCCCAAUGCCAGCAGCGUUCCUAUCGCCGUGUGGGGUUGUGGAGCUGGACAUGCCUACCAUUGGCCCCUCAGUGACCAUAGCAACGGCUGCGGAGGCUCAGCCAAUACCAGCCAGAGCCAGGAGAGGUUUGUUGGAGGGCGUGCGUACAAUAAGGUGACAGUGAGGUCAUCGUGUGACCUCUCCUGUAGCGAAGCAGCAUCAGAGAUGGAGGACUUCAGCAGCCAGCUCUUUGACAUUGCUGGAUGCGAUUCGUCGGCCACAGACGAUGAUGCAGACUACGAGCCCCCCCCAUCCAGAAAAAGAGGCGGCACAUCAUUAGGAGCAGUUUUCGAGAAGAAGAUCAAGCAGGAAGCAACCUCUGCAGAGGAUAAUGUCACUGCUGCUAAAGUGGCUAGCACGGCACUGGCAGUGACCGAGGCUGUCUAUGCUUCACAGGCUUUUCAGGCACCAAAGCCACUGUCUCCAGACAAGCUCCUCCCACCCUGCCCUCAGCUCCAGAAUGGACACAAUCCGGGGUGUGAGGCAGCAGUGGACCCAAAGAUGGAGCAGCUCGGAGGCAGCUGCGUGACAGGGACCACGGAGCAUGCAGAGAGUUGCAGCUCCGUCUCAGAGACUACAGAGAAUACUGCAGGGGGUCAGGAUGAGCUGGAGAAGCUGCAGGCGUUACUGAGUGCAGAGCGCAGCCGUAACCAGCAGAUGACGGAGAUCAUCUCCAGUCUGAGGCAGGACAAAGAGCUGCUGCAGCAAGAGCUUACGAAGAAAGCCGAACUCAUCUGUGACUUCCUGCAGGACAAAAUGCGGCCAGUUCUAGAUAAGAGGAGGCCCUGCUGGUCUAAUCAAAACGAACCAGGAAGUUCACGCAUGCCGUCUUCUGACGAUGUGGCAGCAGUCGAUUCACCGACAAUGUUUGACUCAUUUGAGGACAUGGAGCUUCACCCUCUGAACCACCACACGCUGAAGAGCAAGAGGAUUCGGGACGGAGAAAACCCCCGAGUCAGGAUGAAAAACGUGGCGGGUGUGAUAGCACGCUACAUGGCAGCCCUCCAGGAGUUUCGCCGCAGUGUUUCCAUGAAGGUGGCCUUUGACCGUGUCAGUGUGGACCGCAACACGAUCGCCCGUACGGCGUCCAUAGCUGAGCUCAGCCUGGCUGCUCCAGAGGUCUUUCAUGCUCUGACACCGUGGGAUGAGAAAGAGGAGACGCUGGCGCAUUACGCCCACCGCUGCCGACAGGCCAUGGAUGAUAACAUCAAGGCCAAGAUCAAAACCAUGAAAACAAAAGGUGAACUGCUGCCCAUUGUGUCAAAAUGACAGUAACGGUAACAGACUGACCGGAUCAGAGGCUCAUCAUACACACUUCUCAGGCAUAGAAAAAGGAAAGCCCACCCUUGGAUUCUCUGAUUAUACUGUUCGAUACUGCACCAUCAGGUCCUCAACUUAUUCCAGAAAUGAUAUUGCAAGGUUGUUGUAAUUUUCUUUUUCACAAACUUGUGUACCUCUGAUCAUCAUGUGGGUGCACUACACUCUGGCCACAUUGCUGCUUCUGUGGGUGUAAACUUUCUACCUUCUAUCCAGUGGAUUUCUCCUUGAAUGGUUGUAAAACAUUAAAAUUGUGACAGAAAGAAUUGUGAAUUGUGAUAAAGAGAACAAGUCCUUGAUCUUAGAUUCUACUGGGACGAUCACUCAAAACUGCAGUCAUAGUAGCUCAGAGUUCAUUAUAACCAAGUUCCAACUUCUGAAAUAAGUAAUUAAAAUGAAAUAAAACUGAUAUACAAUGACAUACAAUAAGUGAUUGGUUGAUUCUGUGGUGUCCACAGUUGAAACGUAAGUCGCUCAUGGAGGCAAAUAAGAAACAGAGGUACUUGAAUUUUAACAGCUACUGAAUACUUAAUGUUGAAAUCAAAACACCACUGAUUUCAUAGCAGUUAUAGAAAUAUUUUACUUUGAAAACCACCUCAUAUGAAUAGCAACAUCUGGGCCACCCAGCACAGGCUGGUCCAGGGGGUAGGCAACCUGCGGCUCUGGAGCCACAUGCAGCUUUCAGCUUGACUUUUAAGAUCUGAAUUAGAUCAAUCAAAUGUGAGUAAACAAAAUCACUGUUUUUAAACUGGAACUAAAUUUUUUGGACCUAAAUCUAUGAACAUUGAAAAUUCAGCUUUUAAAAAUGCAAAUCAAGAAAUUUUAUAUUUUAACGUCAGAGAGGUAAAUUCAGAACAAAUCAAUUCAGUUACGGGGUUUUCAAAUUAAAAUCUUGAUUCUUGAUUUGCAAUUUCAAAGGCUGAAUUUUUCAAUGUUCACAAAUUCAGAUCCAAAAAAUCAAGUUCCAGAAUUUAACAAAAAAAAAAAAAAAUUUGGUUUGGUUUGAGUUGCUCAAAUUCAACUGGUCAAUUUUGUAUCUAAAAAAGUCAAGCUGAAAGUUUGGGUUUAAAUUUCGAGCCGCUUACUUGGGUCAUGUGACUGACAGACCGUGCUCUAACAGGCCAGAAGUCAGAUACGUUGCAUUCAGGCUCAACUGUCUAGCCUGUCCAUGGUAGCCCGGUUGUUGUUAUUUGAAAGUUUUUUUAAUAUAAAUUUUGGAUCUGAAUUUGUGAACAUUGGAAAAAUUCAGCUUUUGGAACUGCAAAUGAAAAUUGUUUGUAUUUUAAUUUCAGGUUAAUUCAGAACAAAUCAAUUCAGAUAAGUGGUUUUCAAAGUAAAAUAUUUAAAUGCUAUGAAUUCAGUGGUGUUUAAAUUUCAAUAUUAAGUGGCUGAUAAAAUUCAAUACUCACUACUAAUGUCUUAUUUGCUUUCAUAAUGGCUCUACUUAUGAUGUUCGUCUGAUCAAUAAGGGAAUUUUAAGUAUUCAAGGUUCAGUGACUUUUUCAUGCUUGGUGAUAUGCUGUAUGUUUCAUGUGAUGUUUUGUGUUCCACCUACCAGUUUUACAAUAAACCACUAAAAACAGUGA